CACUGGCAUUUGUCCACACACACAAACAAAACUGACACCGGUCAGCAACCACAGCAAAGAGAAAGAAAGAAGACGAAAAGAAGAACAAGGCAGAGGAGAGUCAGUCAGUGCCACACCAUCAUCAAAGACCAGCCAGCCAACGCAGCCAACGCCGCCAAGCCAACGCAGCCAAGAAGCAAAGCCAAGCAAACACAGCAACGUCCACUGCAGCCCCAGUAGAGAAGCACUUGCUGUUGAUCCAUUCGUCAAACCUCUCUUGCUCGAAGCCGCGUGACAGCUUUCCACCGUCACCCACAUCACCCCCACACACAUCACACACAGAGAUACACCGUCAUGGGAGACCACCAAGCCCCCGCCAUGUCGACACAGUUUCGAACAGACGAUGUGUUGGCAACCAAAGGCACAACGUUUGAGGACUAUGGCCUGAAGCGUGACUUGCAAAAGGGCAUCUAUCAGCUCGGCUUUGAACGACCCACCCCUAUCCAGGAAGAGUCCAUCUCCGAGGUGCUCCUCGGCCACGACAUCCUCGCCCGCGCCAAAAACGGCACUGGAAAGACGGGCGCAUACCUUGUUCCCAUGCUGAACCGCAUUGAUGUCGACAACCCCGCCGUUCAAGCGCUUGUGCUUGUGCCCACGCGAGAGCUGAGCUUGCAGACGUCCAAGACAGCCAAGGACCUCGGAAAGUUCCUCAACAUUCAGGUUGUGUGCACAACCGGCGGCACCAGCGUGCGCGAUGACAUUCUCCGCUUCAAGAGCACAGUGCAUCUGGUUGUCGGAACGCCUGGUCGCGUGCUCGACCUCCUUGACCGCGGCGUCAUCCGCUCCGCCGAGAUUGAAAUGGUCGUCCUUGAUGAGGCCGACAAGCUUCUCGACAGAACCUUCCAAAGAAACAUCACACGCAUCAUUAGCUACCUGCCCCGGCAGGACAAGCAGCUCAUGCUCUUCUCUGCGACCUUCCCGCAGUCUGUGAAGGACUUUACUCGCCGUUACAUGCGACAGCCAAAGAAGAUCAACCUCAUGGACACACUCACCCUCAAGGGUGUGACUCAGUACUAUGCCUUUUUGGAGGAAAAGGAUAAGCUUCGCUGCCUCAAGACCCUUUUCAGCAAAUUGCAGAUCAACCAAUCGAUUAUCUUUUGUAACAGCGUGAAGCGCGUGGAGGUGCUUGCCAAGCGCAUCACCGACAUGGGCUCCCCGUGCUUUUACAUUCACUCCAGCAUGGACCAGGAUUCCCGCAACAAGGUGUUCCAGCAGUUCCGCGAGCGCAAGUGCCGCCACCUCGUCUGCACAGAUUUGUUCACGCGCGGUAUUGACGUGCCGACGGUGAACGUUGUCAUCAACUUUGACUUCCCCAACUCCUCUGAGACGUACCUGCACCGCAUUGGCCGGUCGGGUCGUGGUGGCAGGCUGGGCCUCGCCAUCAACCUCGUCACACAGGCGAACACAGAGGCAUUUUCGCGUAUCGAGCGGGAGUUGAACAUUCACAUUGAUGCGGUGCCUGAGGAGAUUGACAAGUCGUUGUAUGUUGACUCGUCUGUCGCCGAGUAAACGACCCGAUGACAUGAUCGCUUGCAAUAAGACCAUCAAUGUCAACAGAAC